AUGUCCAUUGGUGUACCAAUCAAAAUUUUGCAUGAAGCUGAAGGUCAUGUAGUGACUGUCGAAACAGUAACAAGUGAAGUAUAUCGUGGUAAAUUGAUUGAAGCUGAAGAUAAUAUGAAUUGUCAAUUAUCUAAUGUUACGGUAACCUAUAGAGAUGGUAGACAAGCGCAACUGGAAUAUAUUUAUGUACGCGGAUCAAAAAUACGGUUUAUGAUAUUUCCUGAUAUGUUAAAAAAUGCACCAAUGUUCAAAAAUAUGAAAGGUGUUAAAGGUGGUGCGGGUAGGGGAAAAUCAGCGAUUUUAAGAGCUCAAGCUGCACGAGGCCGAGGUGGUCGAGGUCGUGCGAUGAAUUCGUACCGUGGUGGUCCUGGUGGCGAUCGUGGUGCAGGCGGACGUGGUGGUCGUGGACGGGGAGGUGGAGAAUAA